GCCAUCUUUUGUGUGGAGAUUCUGGACGCUACGGUUGUCCCCAGGGUGCACCUCAGAUCCUGAGAUUGGAUUGUACUUCACGAAAGAUGGCUAAUGUGUAGAGAGUUUUGGGCAGGAAAAUCCAGCGUCAAGCCACAACAGUUCUCUCCUUAAUCCAGUGCAAUCCCUCCUCUUCCAGCUAAACUGGCUGAGUGUGCUACAAAAGAUGGAUAAAUCUCUGGAGUUGGUGUCAUUUGAGGAUGUGGCUGUGGACUUCACCUGGGAGGAGUGGCGGGAUUUGAAUGAUGCUCAGAGGACUUUGUACAGGGAUGUGAUGCUGGAGACCUACAGCAGCUUGGUUUCAUUGGGGCACUGCAUUAGUAAACCUGAAGUUAUCCUCAAGUUGGAGAAAGGAGCAGAGCCAUGGAAUAUAGAAGACCCAAACCAGAGCCUCCCAGAUAUCCAGAUAGUCAAUGACCUACUUGAGAGGAGCCAAGAUAGUCAUGGUAGAUACUUGCAGCAAGGUGUCAUCAUCAGUGGUAACCAAUCAAAUGAGGAGAGAGUGCAGUCAGGAAAAUCAUUUAAUCUGAGUUCAAAGCAUAUUUUAAAUCUGGUUAUAAAUAAUGGAAACUAUUCAAGAGUGGAGCAUGACGAGUUUAAGGUAUGUGAGAAUGCACUUCUUACAGAGACUGAUGCCAUGCAUCAGUCUAAGAAACCUGAUGAACAUAACAUAUCUGAGAAAUCCCAGAGACAUCAGGAGCACCUUAGUCAGUAUUCCAAGAUUCCAACUUUUGAACAUAACGGAAAAGGAAAAUCCUGCAACACACUGCCAAUAAUGUUUACAUCUAAGAAGGUUCCUACGGGUGAGACCACCUGUGAAUAUAAUGAGUAUGGGAAAGACUGUAAUAACUUAGCUGUCAUUGCCCAGGAGAUAACUCAGAUAGGGAAGAAAACUUUUCAAUGUGAUGUGUGUGGGAAAGUGUUCUAUAAAAAGGCUAAACUUACUCAACAUAAGAUUAUGCACACAAGAGAGAAACACAACAAAUACAGUGAAAGUCAGAAAUCUCUUAUUAAGCAAACAUACCUUUUCUCGUAUCAGGAAAAAUCUACUGGGAAGAUGCUUUAUCCAUGUAAUGAACAGGGGAAAUUUUUCUAUCAGAAGUCAGACUUUACUGUGCAUCACAGAAUUCACAAAGGGGAACUAUCCUAUGGAUUUGUUAACCGUGGCAAAUCCUUUCAUGAGAAUUUGCUUCUCAGCUGUCAUCAGGCAAUUCACACAAGUGAAAAAUCAUGUGAAUGUUAUGGAUGUAGAAAAUCUUUCUACCAUAAUUCCACCCUUACUAUAUAUCAGAGAACUCACAUGAGUGAGAAUCUGUGUGAAUGUGAAGAAAGUCAAAUUUUCUCCAGUAAGUCAAUACUCAAGAAACUUGAGAGAAUUCACAUUGCUGAGAAACCCUUUGACUGUAACACAUGUGGAAAAACCUUUCUCCAGAAUUCAAACUUCAGCAAGCAUAAGAGAAUUUAUGAGGAAUAUGGAAAAGGUUUUCACCAAAAGUCACACCUGAAGAGACAUCAAAGAAUUCACACAGAGGAGUACUCAUAUGAAUGUAAAGAGUGUGGGAAAGCUUUUAACCAAAAGUGUGCCCUCAAAAGGCAUCAGAGAAUUCACACAGGUGAGAAGCCAUUUGAAUGUAAGGAGUGUGGAAAAGCUUUUAACCAAAAGACACACCUCAGCAGGCAUCAGAGAAUUCACACAGGUGAGAAACCAUAUGAAUGCAAAGAAUGUGGAAAAGCUUUUAUUGAAAAAUGGUUUCUCAGCAUGCAUCAGAGAGCCCACACAGGUGAGAAACCAUAUGAAUGUAAAGAAUGUGGAAAAGCUUUUAACCGAAUGUCACACUUCAGUAGGCAUCAGAGAACUCACACAGGUGAGAAACCAUAUGAAUGUAAAGAAUGCGGAAAAGCUUUUAACCAAAAGUCACACUGCAGCACGCAUCAGAGAAUUCACACGGGUGAAAAACCACAUAAAUGUAAAGAAUGUGGAAAAGCUUUUAAUGAAAAGUCAGUUCUAAGGAUGCAUCAGAGAAUUCAUACAGGUGAGAAACCAUAUGAAUGUAAAGAAUGUGGAAAAGCUUUUAACCAGAAGUCUAUCCUCAGUAAACAUCAGGAAAUUCACACAGGUGAGAAACCAUAUGAAUGUAAAGAAUGUGGGAAAGCUUUUAAACUAAAGUCACACCUCAGCAUGCAUCAGAGAAUUCACACAGGUGAGAAGCCAUAUGAAUGUAAAGAAUGUGGAAAAGCUUUUAAGCUAAAGUCACACCUCAGCAUGCAUCAGAGAAUUCACACAGGUGAGAAACCAUAUGAAUGUAAGGAAUGUGGAAAAGCUUUUAACCAAAAGGGAAUCCUCAGCAUGCAUCAGAGAAUUCACACAGGCGAGAAGCCAUAUGAAUGUAAAGAAUGUGGAAAAGCUUUUAACCGAAAGUCACACCUCAGCAUGCAUCAGAGAAUUCACACAGGUGAGAAACCAUAUGAAUGUAAGCAAUGUGGAAAAGCUUUUAAUCAAAAGGGAAUCCUCAGCAUGCACCAGAGAAUUCACACAGGUGAAAAACCAUAUGAAUGUAAAGAAUGUGGAAAAUCUUUCAACCGAAAGUCAACCCUCAGCAUGCACCAGAGAAUUCACACAGGUGAGAAGCCCUGUGAAUGUAAAGAAUGUGGAAAAGCUUUUAAGCUAAACUCACACCUCAAAAUUCAUCAGAGAAUUCACCAAGGUAAGAAACUGUAUGAAUGUAAGAAAUGUGGAAGAACUUUUAACCAGACAUCUAUCCUCAGUAUGCAUCAGGAAAUUGACACAGGCGAGACACCAUAUGAAUGUAAAGAAUGUGGAAAAGCUUUCAAGCAAAAGUCACACCUCAGCCUGCAUCAGAGAAUUCACACAAGUGAGAAACCAUAUGAAUGUAAAGAAUGUGGAAAAGCUUUUAAACUAAAGUCACACCUCACCCUGCAUCAGAGAAUUCACACAGGUGAGAAACCAUAUGAAUGUAAAGAAUGUGGUAAAGCUUUUAAGCUAAAGUCACGUCUCAGCCUGCAUCACAGAAUUCACACAGGUGAGAAUCCAUAUGAAUGUAAAGAAUGUGGGAAAGCUUUUAAGCGAAAGUCACGCCUGAGCGUGCAUCAGAGAAUUCACACAGGUGAGAAACCAUAUGAAUGUAAACAAUGUGGAAAAGCGUUUAACCGAAAGUCACACCUCAGCCCGCAUCAGAGAAUUCAUACAGGUGAGAAACCAUAUGAAUGUAAACAAUGUGGAAAAGCUUUUAAUCAAAAAGGAAUCCUCAGCAUGCACCAGAGAAUUCACACAGGUGAGAAACCAUAUGAAUGUAAAGAAUGUGGAAAAGCUUUCAACCGAAAGUCAACCCUCAGCAUGCACCAGAGAAUUCAUACAGGUGAAAAGCCCUGUGAAUGUAAAGAAUGUGGAAAAGCUUUUAAGCUAAAGUCACAGCUCAAAAUGCAUCAGAAAAUUCACACAGGUAAGAAACCACAUGAAUGUAAGGAAUGUGGAAAAGUUUUUAACCACACAUCUAUCCUCAGUAAGCAUCAGGAAAUUCACACAGGUGAGACACCAUAUGAAUAAGUAUGCGGAAAGGCUUUCAACCUAAAACCCUCAGCAUGCAUUGGAGAAUUCACACAGGUGAGAAGCCUUGUGAAUGUAAAGAAUGUCGAAAAAGUUUUUUUUUUUUUUAACAAAAUGAGUUUAGAAGGCAUCAGAAUACUCACCCAGGAAAACACUUCUUAUGAAUGUAAUAUGGCAAGCCUUUUACUGGAUCUCCCACUGAUAGGAAAGAAUUCCCACAAAAGAAAACCUCAGUGAAUGUAUGGGAAAAGAUUUUGCUGGAAGUCAUACCUCAAGACAUCAGAGAACAUCAAUCAAGAAGACCUAUAAAUAUACGUUGUGCUCAGGUAUUGGAAAUUGUCUUGUGGAUCCCCAUUGAUAUAAAAAUUUGCUGAUAUUCCAGUCCUUACUGUAAAUGUUGUAGUGUUUGUUUAUUACCAAUUCACUUCCUGCCAUGUACUUUACAUCUUGUGUUGAUUGCUUAUAAUACUGAAAGAUGUGAAUACUAUGUAAAUAGUUGUUGUACUGUGUUGUUUUUCAGCAGUAGAAUUGUUUGAUUUAAUGUUUUUAUUUAUUUUUGAGGAUUUUUGAGAAGUAGUUGCUUGAAUCACCAUAUGUAUAACCCUCUGAUAAGGAAGGAGGACUGUAAUGAUUGUGAAAACAUUUUUUCUCCAAAGUCUCAAGGCUGGCUAUGGUUAGAGCAUUGUUGCUUAUAGCAUUGUGCUCAACAUGCUCACCAGAAAAUCAAUAAAUAUAAAUAAAAGAAUAAUCACAUCCUAGCUGGCAUCAGAAUUUACAGAGGGGAGAAAUUAUGGAUGAGACAGACUAUACAUUUCAGACAGAAAACCCCUCUUUUCUCUCAUGUGCAUAGCCUGCAAUCAGCAUUUGAUGAUUGGGUGGAUGACCAUGUAAUUUAACUGUUCAGGGGAAUGCAGAUAUAAGUAAUGAACAUUACUUCCAGUUCAGACAACAAAAUCAAAAAAUUUCCACGCUGUUACUGAUUUCUCAAUAUCUUUGUGACUAAAUGAAGAGUUGGGGCCAUAGGUGGGAGAAAUCCACCCUAAUUUAAAGUAGUAGGAAUUAAAGACCCCAGAGAUAUUCUCACCACUAUCCCUAAACCUCCAUUUAUACAUCGUACAAGAAAUUAUAUCCUUUGUGAGCCAUUGUGUGUGUGCUCUGCAUUACAACACGGCCACCCCACUCCAGAAAAAUGGUUUUUUAAACUUUCUGAGAGAAGUUACCAGUCCUUGUAUAUGGGAAGAGAAUCCUGUGUUGUUAUCUUUUAUAUCCGAAUCAGUUUAUGGGAAAAACAAAUUAUGGGGAGAAGCAAUGCUCUAAAUGUGUGAUAUCUUAUCAGGACAUCUCAUUGAACAGUGAAAAUAAAGUUAAAUAUCUAAAUCUC